AUGAGCGUGCGUGCAUUUAAUUUCCGUGGCCUUAUGGCUCCUACUUUUACUGCCUUCAAGGAUGAUUCCUCUCAGAGCGUUAACUACGAAGUAAUUGAUCCCUACGCCAAAUGGCUCAAGGAUAAAGGAAUCAAUGCUGUCUUAGUUAAUGGAACUUCCGGUGAAGGAAUGUCCCUCAACGUUGCUGAAAGGAAGGCCACAGCUGAAGAAUGGCAAAAGGCAUGCAAAAAGUACGAAAUGACGCUCAUGGUGCAAAUUGGAGGAGCUCCUUUUGUGGAUGUUGCUGAACUAGCCAAACAUGCAGAACAGCUAGAAGUUGACGCGAUCCUGUGCCUUCCUGAAUUGUACUUUAAGCCUAAAAAUGAAAAGGAUCUCGUGGAAUAUUUUAAGAAUGUGGCUAAAUACUGCCCAAGGACGCCUCUCCUUUACUAUCACAUUCCCUCAUUUAGCGGAGUCGAUCUUUCAAUGCCAAAAUUCCUCGAUUUGGCUGAGAAGGAAAUUAAAAAUUUCAUCGGUAUUAAAUACACUUCGGGAGAUUUGGCACAAGGAUCAGCUUGUUUGAAAGACAAUCGUUUUAUUUUCCUGGGAGCUGAUACCAUCCUGUGUGGAGCUCUAGCUCAAGGAUUUGAUUCAAGCAUCAUGACCACCCUCAAUAUUUACCCUGAAUUUGCCAUUGAGAUCUUGGAGUCAAUGAAGAAGGGAGACAUCGUCAAUGCCAGGAAGAAGCAAAAGGAACUGUCUGAGAUUGUUGAGAGAAUCCUUCAAGAUGGUGAGGAUUUUUAA